AUGAUUGAAGUGCGUCACGCGGGCGCAAAGGGCUUUGGUGUUUUUGCCAAGGCUCUGAUUCCCCGAGGUUCGCGACUCCUGGCAGAAUCCUCACUCAUCUCAAUCGACAACCACAAGCCCAGCAUCCUCAGAGCAGCCCGGCAGCUCACGUCCCGCGACCACCAGAAGUUGUUGGCUCUCUCGCCCAACCCCGUCAAGCGCCGAUCCAUCUUGAGCAACCUGGAAGCGGCACUGCUGUCAUUGCCGCGUGUUGAGCGCCACGCCGUCAACCUCAACACUCUCAACAUCUUCCGAAACAACAACUUCGGUCUAUCUGAUGACGCAGGCACCCGAGCUGUGUUUGAGACGGUCGCAAGGAUCAAUCACUCCUGUGUGCCGAACUCGCAGGGAAACUUCCAUACGGGAAUUGGUCAAUUCGUCGUCCAUGCCCUGAGGCCCAUCCCAUGCGGUGAUGAGAUCACCAUCUCAUAUCUUGAUGACCAGCUCGCUGGGGGCGAGGCGCGCCGAGAGCACUUAGAAGAGGGCUACGGUUUCACGUGCGCAUGUUCGUUGUGCGGCGGCGGGUCCAGUAUCACAGCGAAGAGCGAGUCCAGACGGGCAGACUUGCAGCGUGACCUUGGCGUCUUUGCGGAGGCAAAGGCCGCACGUGAUGGCCAGACAGCCGUUACAGAUGCCGAUGCCGACGUGGAGCUCGUUAUGAUGAAUACGCUUAUCGCGGCGUACGAAGCUGAGGGCCUGGCCGGACGAGAGCUCGCUACUAUAUACUUGGCUGCGGCAGACCUUGCUGCUAAGCUUGGUGAUUCUACGAUGGCACAGUCUCUUGCUCGUCGAGGUUUACAGCUAGAACUGGAUGCUGUCGGGGUUGACAGCCCGCACUAUAUCGCCAGUGCUGCGGCUGCACAGUCCCUGGUUUCAGAUGAUAUAUGA